GUCGCGGCCGCGCGGUCAUGUGGCUGCGCGGCCGCUCGUGGCUCCCGGUUCUUGGGCAAGUGUGCUUCAGUCUCCGGCGCCUUACCUUUGCUAGGACUUGGGGUGGCUGUAGGGGCCCCAUGGCGGAAACACUGUCGACCGGGGCCGAAGCAGCGAGCGGGUUGGAGGCUCUGGUUCAGCAAAACGGAGAUGUGGGUGACGACGCGAGGGGCGAGCAGCCCUCAGGGCUCCCGGAGCCGGCGGACCCGCGAGUGGAGCCGGCCCCGGGGGACGCGAAGCAGGCCUCAGGGAGCGGGAAGCAGGCCCUGGCUGCAGGCGCGGCCCCCGGCAAGCGGAAGAAGCGGCGAGGCGCAACCGGGGAGCGCGUUGUGCCGCCCCCAAAGAAGCGACGGGCAGGGGUUAGCUUCGGCGAUGAACACUUUGCCGAGACCAGCUACUACUUUGAGGGCGGCCUGCGCAAAGUGCGGCCCUAUUACUUUGACUUCCGGACUUAUUGCAAAGGCCGCUGGGUGGGCCACAGCUUGCUGCACGUCUUCAGCACCGAGUUCCGAGCCCAGCCCCUGGCCUACUACGAGGCCGCGGUCAGGGCGGGGCGCCUGCACCUCAACGAGGAGCCGGUACAGGACCUCAGCAUUGUGCUCAAGGACAAUGACUUCUUACGGAACACAGUGCACAGGCAUGAGCCACCAGUUACAGCAGAACCUGUCCGCCUGCUAGCAGAGAACGAAGAUGUGGUGGUUGUAGACAAGCCUUCUUCCAUUCCUGUCCACCCCUGUGGCCGCUUCCGACACAACACAGUCAUCUUUAUCCUGGGCAAGGAGCACCAGCUCAAGGAGCUACACCCAUUGCAUCGGCUUGACCGCCUUACCUCUGGGGUCCUGAUGUUUGCCAAGACAGCAGCUGUCUCAGAGAGAAUUCAUGAACAGGUUCGGGAUCGGCAGCUGGAGAAGGAGUAUGUGUGUCGGGUGGAGGGAGAGUUCCCUGCCGAGGAACUAACCUGCAAGGAACCCAUCUUGGUGGUGUCUUACAAGGUGGGGGUGUGCCGUGUAGAUCCUCGGGGCAAGCCCUGUGAGACAGUGUUCCAGAGACUGAGCUACAAUGGCCACUCCAGUGUGGUACGGUGCCGGCCACUCACGGGCCGCACCCACCAGAUCCGAGUCCACCUCCAGUUCCUGGGCCACCCCAUCCUUAAUGACCCCAUCUACAACUCAGUUGCCUGGGGCCCCUCCCGAGGCCGAGGUGGCCACAUUCCAAAGACAGAUGAGGAACUACUUCGGGACCUUGUGGCAGAGCACCAGGCCAAACAAAGUCUGGAUGUGUUAGAUCUCUGUGAGGGCGACCUGUCCCCAGGACUGCCAGACUCUACAGCACCCUUCUCAGAGCUGGGCAAGGACUGCCUAGAAGAAUUGGCUGCAUCUGCCCAGAAGAUGGAUGGAGCAGUUGAGGCAGCCCCUCAGGAUCUGGACACAGUGCCCUUGGCAUCAGGGAAGGCAACCGAAACAGAUGUUGUGAAUCAAGAGACAGACCCGCUCUGUGCAGAGUGCCGGCUAGUGCGACAGGACCCCUUGCCCCAGGACCUUGUGAUGUUUCUGCAUGCCCUGCGCUAUAAAGGGCCAGGCUUUGAGUACUUUUCACCAGUGCCUGCCUGGGCACAAGAUGACUGGCAAGAGGACUGAGGGCUGUGGCCAACAGAGGGAUUACUUCUUGGCUUGGAGCAGGGAUGGGCCAUGAAGUAGAAGCUGACCACAUGGGCUGGUACUCAGAGUUUCUCAGGGGGAGGUUGGGCUCUUAAAGGACCUGCUCAUACUUGCUACCUCCUCCUUCCUCUCCGUCCAGCUAGAGUUUGGGGACUUUUUGGUUUGUAAAUAGAUCUCUUUUUCUAAUACUUUGUGCAUCUGGUUUUCUUACAAGUUGUUUGUUUUUUUAAUUGAGGUAAAAUUCACAUAACACACUUACCAUUCUAAGAUACACAGUUUAGUGGCAUUUCAUACAUUCACAAUGAUAUGCAGCCAUCACUGCUUAAUUGGUUCCAAAACACUUUUCAUCAUCCAAAAGGAAACCCAUACUCAUUAACAGGUAAUUUCCAUUUCUUCUUCCUCCUAGCUCCUGAUUCCAUUAGUCAGCCUUCUGUCUCUAUGGAUUUGCCUUUUCUGGACAUUUCGUACAAUUAGAAUCAUAUAAUAUGUGACCUUUUGUGUUUGUCGUCUUUUGUUUAGCAUAAUGUUUUCAGAGUUCAUCUAGAUUAUAGCAUGCAUCAGUACUUCAUUCCUGUUUAUGGCUGAAUAAUAUUCCAUUGCAUGGUUAUACCACAUUUUGUAUAUCCAUUCAUCAGCUGAUGGACAUUUGGGUUAUUUCCCCCUUUUCGGCUAUUGUGAAUAGUGCUGCUGUAAACAUUUGUGUAAAAAUUUUUGUUUGAAUGCAUGUUUUUCGUUCUUUCAAGUAUAUACCAAGGAGUGGAAUUGCUGGGUCAUAUGGUAAUUCUGUGUUUAAUAUUGGGGGGACUCACCAAACUUUUCCACAGCAGCUAAACCAUUUUACAAUCCCAUGGGCAAUGCACAAGGGUUCCAGUUUCUCUCCAUCCUCACCAACUCUUGUUAUUUUCCAUUGUUUUGAUUAUAGUCAUCCUAGUGGGACUAAAGUAUGGUCUUAUUGUGGUUUUUGGUUUUUUUUAAUUUUUAAUUAAUUAAUUUAUUUAUUAGGUCUUCAUUGCUGUGGUCUUUCUUGCUGCACAUGGGCUUUCUCUAGUUGUGGCGAGCGGGGGCUACUCUUCAUUGCGGUGCGCAGGCUUCUCACUGCAGUGACUUUUCUUGUUGCCGAGCAUAGGCUCUCAACGCAUGGGCUUCAGUAGUUGUCGCACACGGGGUCAGUAGUUGUGGCUCAUGGGCUUAGUUUCUCUGGCAUGUGGGAUCUUCCCGGACCAGGGAUGGAAUCCAUGUCCCCUAAACUGGCAGGCAGACUCCCAACCAUUGGGCCACCAGGGAAGUCCCUCGUGGUUUUGAUUUGAAUGUCCUUUGUGGCUAGUAAUGUUAAACAUCUUUUCAUGUGCUUGAUGGACAUUGGUGUAUCUCCUUUGGAGAAAUGUCUUUUCAAAUCUUUUGCCCAUUUUUAAUUUGGAUUGGCUUGUUGUUGAGUUAUAAGAGUUCUUUAUGUAUUCUGAAUACAAGACCCUUAAGAGAUACAUGAUUUGCAAAUAUUUUCUCCCAUUCUGUAGGUUGCCUUUUCACUUUAUUGGUAGUGUCCUGUGAUUCACAAACGUUUUGUUAGUUUAUUUUGUAUUAUGGUAAGAACACUUAACAUGAGGUCUGCCACUUAACAAAUUUCAAUGUGUACAAUAUGAUAUUGUUAACUACAGGCACAGUGUUGUACAGCAUCUCUGGAACUUAAUCAUCUUGCAUAACUGAAACUUUAUAUUUGUUGAAUAGCAAUUCCCCAUUUACCCUUACCCCCAACCCCUGGCAUCACCAUUCUACUCUCUGCUUCCAUGUGUUUAUUUUAGAUAAUGGGAAAGAAAAACUCAUUUUCCUUUACUCACAGAAUACUCUGUAUUUCAAAUAUGUGGUGGUUUCCUCAUAUCAAGCAAUUCUGUGACACAAGCUGGGUGUCCUAUAAUUUAACUCAUCUCAGUCACCAUCUCCCUGGAGAUAGAGUCGGAUCCCACAAGUUAAGGACUCAGUCCCACAAGACUUGUCCCCACUAUAAAUGCCAAUGGCAAGUCCAUGUCGUUACUUGUGCUUCUGACCAGCUGUGAAUCAAAGGUUCCUACAACCCACUCCUCGGGUUCAACCAUUUACUAGAAUGGCUCACAGAACUCAAGAAAACAGUUUCCUUACUCGAUCAUUAGUUUUAUUACAAAGGGUAUUAAAGAAUAGGAAAGACCAGCAAAAUGAAGGGAUACAUAAGGCAAGGUCUGAAAGGGUUCUGAGCACAGGAGCUUCUGACCCCAUAGUGUUCAGGUGUGCCGCUCUGCAGCAUGUGGAUGCCUUCUUGUUUACUAGUUCAGAAGCUCUCUGAACCUAGUCAUUAGGGGGUUUCAUGGUGGUUUCAUUAUUUAGGCAUGAUUGAAUAAAUCAUUGGCCAUUGGUUAUUAGGUCAAUCUCUAGCUCUUUUCUUCCAGAGGUUGGAGUUCUGUGGUGGGGCUGGAAGUUCCAACCUUGUCAUCACAGGGUUGGUUCCUCUGGCAUUUUCCAAAAGUCACCGCAUUAACCUAAACUCUGACUUGGUUGAAAGGGGCUUGUUAUGAAUAUCAAAAGACACUUUAUCACUUAGGAAAUGUCAAGGGGUUUAGGAGCUCUGUGCCUAGAACAAGGAGAAAAACCAAAUAUAUAUUUCUAUUAUAAAUCACAUAUCAUCAUACCUUAUAAAAAUGGAAUCCUGCAGUAUUUGACCUGUGGUUGGCUUAUUUCACUUAGCGUAAUGUCCUCAAGUUUCAUCCAUGUGGCAUGUGGCAGGAUUUCCUUCUUUUUCAAAGCUGACUGGUAAUUCCAUUGGAUGUAUAUACCACAUAUUCUUUAUCCAGUCAGUGGACAUUUAGGUUCUUUUCAUAUCUUGAUUAUUGUGAAUAAUACUUCAGUGAACACGGGAGUGCAAGUAUUUCUUCAAUAUCCUCAUUUCAGUUGUUUGGAUAAAUACCCAGAAGUGGAAUUACUGUGUAGGGAGGCAAACCUUUACCCAUUUUCAGUUUUCAGCCAGGACUCUAACAAAAAGGCAGAUAAGCAAGAGAAAAACAGUUUAAUAAUGUGUGCAGUGCACAUCACAAGGGAUUAACCAAAAGUAACUCAAAGUAGUAUCUUACAAUUCCAAUUUACAUGGCAUCUUCAACAAAGAAUAAGUAAAUUUGUAGAGAAAUGAAAGGACAAAGGAAAGCAGUUUUAGGCUUCCCAGGGCAGUAAACGGUGGGAAGGUAAAUAUGUAUGGGAGGAAACUAAUGGAGUAAAAUUUGCAGAUUCCUCUGGUACCCCCUCAGCUGAUGAGUAUGUCUCCAGUAAAGGGAGAUUUUCUUAUCUUAUCUUUAGAUGGAAAAAGGGGAGCUUUUUCUGGGUUUGCUUUUUUUUUUCCUUCCCUUUUGGGUUUGCUGCUUUUUUUUUUAAGAACUUUUAUUGAGAUACAGUUGACAUACAAUACACCGCAUAUAUUUACAGUGUACAAUUUGAUAUUUUUUCUUAUUAGUAAUGCAUAUAUGGCAAUCCCAAUCUCCCAAUUCAUUUCCCCCCAACCCUCCCUGCUUUUCCCACUUGGUGUCCAUAUGUUUGUUCUCUACAUCUGUGUCUCUAUUUCUGCCUUGCAAACUGGUUGAUUUGUACCGUUUUUCUAUAUUCUGCAUAUAUGUGUUAAUAUACGAUAUUUUUUUUUCUCUUUCUGACUGACUUCACUCUGUAUGACAGUCUCUAGGUCCAUCCAUGUCUCUACAAAUGUCCCAGUUUCAUUCCUUUUUACAGCUGAGUAAUAUUCCAUUGUAUAUAUGCACCACAUCUUUUUUAUCCAUUCGUCUGUCGAUGGACAUUUAGGUUGCUUCCAUGUCCUGGCUAUUGUAAAGAGUGCUGCAGUGAACAUUGGAGUGCAUGUGUCUUUUUGAAUUAUGGUGUUCUCUGGGUAUAUCCCCAGCAGUGGAUUGCUGGGUCAUCUGGUAACUAUUUUUAGUUUUUGAAGGAACCUCUAUACUGUUCUCCAUAGUGGUUGUAUCAAUUUAUAUUCCCACCAACAGUGCAAGGGCAUUCCCUUUUCUCCACACCCUCUCCAGCAUUUACUGUUUGUAGAUUUUCUGAUGAUGCCCAUUCUAACCAGUGUCUCUUGGCCAUCCGUAUGUCUUCUUUGGAGAAAUGUCUAUUUAGGUCUUCUGCCCAUUUUUUGAUUGGGUUCUUUGUUUUCUUGAUAUUGAGCUGCAUGAGCUGUUUAUAUAUUUUGGAGAUUAAUCCUUUGUUGAUUUGUUUGCAAAUAUUUUCUCCCAUUCUGAGGGAUGUCUUUUCGUCUUGCUUAUAGUUUCCUUUGCUGUGCAGAAGCUUUGAAGUUUCAUUAGGUCUCACUUAUUUAUUUUUGUUUUUAUUUCCAUUAUUCUAGGGGGUGAAUCAAAAAAGAUCUUGCUGUGAUUUAUGUUGAAGAGUGUUCUUCCUAUGUUUUCCUCUAGGAGUUUUAUAGUGUCUGGCCUUACUUUUAGGUCUUUAAUCCAUUUUGAGUUUAUUUUUGUGUAUGGUGUUAGGGAGUGUUCUAAUUUCAUUCUUCUACAUGUAGCUGUCCAGUUUUCCAAGCACCACUCAUUGAAGAGGCUGCCUUUUCUCCAUUGUAUAUCCUUGCCUCCUUUGUCAUAUAGAUUAGUUGACCAUAGUUUAUCUCUGGGCUUUCUAUCCUGUUCCAUUGAUCUAUAUUUCUGUUUUUGUGCCAGUACCUUACUGUCUUGAUCACUGUAGCCUUGUAGUAUAGUUUGAAGUCAGGAAGCCUGAUUCCACCAACUCCGUCUUUCCUUCUCAAGAUUGCUUUGGCUGUUCGGGGUCUUUUGCGUUUCCAUACAAAUUGUAAAAUUUCUUGUUCUAGUUCUGUGAAAAAUGCCAUUGGUAAUUUGAUAGGGAUUGCAUUGAAUCUGUAGAUUGCUUUGGGUAGUAUAGUCAUUUUCAUAAUGUUGAUUCUUCCAAUCUAAGAACAUGGUAUAUCUCUCCAUCUGUUUGUGUCGUCUUUGAUUUCUUUCAUUAGUGUCUUAUCAUUUUCUGCAUACAGGUCUUUUACCUCCUUAGUUAGGUUUAUUCCUAGGUAUUUUAUUCUUUUUGUUGCAAUGGUGAAUGGGAUUGUUUCCUUAAUUUCUCUUUCUGAUCUUUCAUUGUUGGUGUAUAGAAAUGCAAGAGAUUUCUCUGUUAAUUUUGUAUCCUGCAACUUUACCAAAUUCAUUGAUUAGUUCAAGUAGUCUUCUGGUGGCAUCUUUAUAGGAUUUUCUAUGGCACAAGUGUUUUUUUAAUUCAAUUUAUUCAAACUAAAAACAAAAAUGUUGCCCUUUUGGAC